AUGGCUGAGCACAACAUUGUCGUCCUGGGUGGUGACCACUGCGGUCCCGAGGUUGUGGCCGAGGGUAUCCGAGUCCUCAAAGCUCUCGAGGAGAACAAGCCCAGUGUUGGCAAGUUCAACUUCAAGGACCAUCUCAUGGGUGGUUGCUCAAUCGACGCCAACGGUUCCCCUCUGACUGACGAGACCCUCGCUGCCGCCAAGGGAGCCGACGCCGUCCUCCUCGGUGCCAUUGGAGGCCCCAAAUGGGGCACAGGUGCUGUCCGACCCGAGCAGGGUCUUCUGAAGCUCCGCAAGGAGAUGGGCACAUACGGCAACCUGAGACCUUGCUUCUUCGCCUCCGACUCCCUCGUCGACGCCUCUCCCCUCAAGGCCGAGAUCUGCCGCGGUACCGAUAUCGUCAUUGUGCGAGAACUCACUGGCGGAAUCUACUUUGGCGAGCGCAAGGAGGAUGACGGCUCCGGCUCGGCCUGGGACACUGAGCCUUACUCCCGAGAGGAGAUUGAGCGUAUCGCUCGUCUGGCUGGAUUCCUCGCACGAGGCCGUGGCGACAAGAAGGUGUGGUCGCUCGACAAGGCCAACGUGCUGGCUACCAGCCGGCUGUGGCGAAAGGUCAUGAACGAGACUUUUGAGAAGGAGUUCCCUGACCUUAAGGUCGAGCACCAGCUUAUUGACAGCGCUGCUAUGAUUCUUAUCAAGAACCCCACCGGCCUUAACGGCGUUGUCGUGACGAGCAACCUGUUUGGAGAUAUCAUCAGCGACGAGGCCAGUGUUAUCCCCGGAAGCAUUGGUCUUCUGCCCAGUGCCAGUCUGAGCGGUAUUCCUGAUGGUCAGGGAAAGUGCAACGGUAUCUACGAGCCCAUUCACGGUUCCGCCCCUGAUAUCUCGGGCAAGGGCAUCGUUAACCCCGUCGGUACCAUCCUGUCCGUGGCCAUGAUGCUCCGAUACUCUCUCAACCUCCCCGAGGAAGCCAAGAUUGUCGAGGCUGCUGUCCGAAAUGCUCUAGACGGCGGUCUGCGCACCAAGGACAUGGGCGGAAACGCUGGCACAAAGGAGGUUGGAGACAAGGUUGUUGAGGAGCUCAAGAAGCUCCUCAAGGCUUAG